AUGGCUCCCAAGCGAGCAGCCGCCGAAGUAGAGACCAGCGAAGCGCCAGCUCGUAAGUCACGGGACACUGGAAAGGAAGCAGAAUCAUCCAAGCCGAAAACUAAGGCUGAAAAGCGAGCGGAGUAUCAUGCGGAAAGCAAACGAAUUGAGGAGAAGGCAAACAGCCCAGAGGGCCUCGAGUACAUAUGUCUCGCCCGUCCAUGGCAAGACCGGGAGAAAGAAUGGGAAGAGGACGAAGAUUGGGAGGAUGAGCCCUCGGAGGAGCAAAUGAAGCUACUCGAGGACGAGAUCGAGAAGUACGCGGAGAAACCCGCUGAAGAACAUCCGGAAUGGAAAUGGAUCAUCACCCGCCAAGGCAAUUAUUUGGCCAACACAUACGGCGAUGACACCACUCGACGCAAUCCUGAUAUGAUGGGAAUGUAUACAUACAAUGACCAUGCCGGGUAUGGGAUGCAGGAAGUCAUCGAAAACCAACUCAUCGCCUUUAAGAAAGAGUUCAGUAAGAAGAAUUGUGACCCUCAUCGACUGUGGAUCCAUUUGGAGGCAAUGGGUUUAUACUUCUACAUCAACGAUCAGAUGGGUUGGCACAUGCUGGAAGAUGGGGAGUGUAUGGCCCAGACGCUCGCUCUCGUUGGGCAAGCCUUGCUGACAGGCCUCAAUGUCCUUGAGCGUGCUGACCUGCUGAAGCCUGACUCUAAGAUCAAAAACAUCGGCCUCGUCGUCGGCUUAUUCCUCUCGCUUGCAGCCAUGCACACCGAUGCGAUGGAUGACGAAGAGUGGCCCUCCCAAGCCAUUGCAUAUUGCAAGAGCCACAACGUUGAGAUUAAAGGACUCUAUGACUCUGACGAGCUCGUUGCCCAAGCUGACGAGGGGCUGGAUCUCGAGGAUUUCGAGGACCCCCCCGGUCCAGAUCGCUUCAAUUUCAAGAGGAUGUUCAAAGACCUCAGCGACCGGUAUGGACCACUCGGAGGGAGCAAGUAUGAUAUCGUCAAGAUGUCAAAGAAAGAACGGAUCGCGGCUAGUUACGACAAGGAGGAUCCGCUCGACAAGGCUGACCCAGAUUUUCUCAUCCAUUGA